AUGAAGUACCCCGACAAUGUACUACGAAACUUUACGUUUUUCUAUGAAAACCAAUAUCGAUGGGUUGGACAAAACCCAGUACCCGGAGACUUUGUAUGGCAAAAAAUUAUGCCAUCAGUUGUAAUGGGGAAUGGCGCCGUGUUUUCUUUGUUCCUAGAAGAGUGUUGCCGGAACAGUGUGAAGAUUGAGGAUAAUAUGAUGUCAUUCAAAUUGUGUGCAUCUUGCUACGGCCGAAACUCAUUUAUCACGAAUUCCAACUCUUAA